AUGGAUUCUGUUUGGCACCCUCAGUGCUUCAGGUGUUUAGCUUGCAGUGAGCCAAUAUCAGACUCUGAGUUUGCAGUACAUGAAGAUCAUUCAUACCACAGUUCCUGCUACAAGGAGAACUUUCAUCCAAAAUGUGAUGUUUGCAAGAACUUUAUUCGAACAAAUAAAAAUGGUUUAAUUGAAUACCGGGCCCAUCCUUUCUGGAUGCAGAAGUAUUGUCCUUCGCAUGACAAUGACGGUACUCCUAGGUGUUGCAGUUGUGAACGAAUGGAGCCAAAGGAUAUCAAGUACAUAACAUUAGAUGAUGGCCGGAAGCUCUGCUUGGAGUGUCUAUAUACUUCAAUAAUGGACACAGACGAGUGCCAACCAGUAUACAUUGAUAUCCAGGAAUUCUAUGAGGGUUUGAACAUGAAAGUAGAGCAACAGAUCCCCUUGCUUUUGGUUGAACGUCAAGGUUUAAAUGAAGCCAGGGAAGUAGAGAAAAUGGGGCAUCACCUUCCUGAAACCAGGGGUCUCUGCCUAUCGGAAGAGCAAAUUGUCAGAAUGAUAUCGAGACGACCAAUAAUUGGACCAGGAAACAAAAUGAUAGACAUUUCUACAGCACCACAGAAACUAGUUCGGCGGUGUGAAGUGACUGCAAUUCUUGUCCUAUAUGCUUUGCCAAGACUGCUCACAGGCUAUAUUCUAGCUCAUGAGAUGAUGCAUGCAUACCUUCGGCUUAAAGGAUACCGAAUCCGUAGUCCAGAGGUUGAAGAAGGCAUCUGUCAGGUCCUAGCUCAUCUCUGGCUUGAGUCUGAAAUCGUAUCAGGUUCAAGUAGUAGCAUUGCAACCACAUCUGAAGCAGCAGCUGUAGCAGCAGAAGCAGCAGUAGCAGCAGAAGCAACAGCGACACCUUCUUCACCAUCUUCCUUGGUGAAAAAGGGUGAAAAGACUGACUUUGAGAAAAAACUUGGAGAAUUCUUCAAGCACCAGAUCGAAACAGACCCCUCUGCAAUAUAUGGAGAUGGGUUUCGAGCUGGCAUUCGAGCAGUUGAACGAUAUGGCUUGAGAGGUACCCUUGAUCAUAUCAAGCGGUCAGGUUCUUUUCCAAGUUGA